AGCAGGCGAGAAGAAGGAAAAACUUGCAGUCAAUAAUAAGACUAUCAACAAUGGAUUCUUCUCUCCUAUCAAAAGUGGAAACAAUUAAUGCCAUAAAACCAGGGCAUUCUCCCUAUGUCUAUAGAGAUUUGGGGAGCCUAACAGUAAUUCAGGCAAAUGAAAUUCUCCAACAAAUUUUAGACAUUUACCAGAAAGAAAAAAAACUAAAUUUAAAAGAAAUUUCAAGAAUGGCUAAGGAAAGACUAAUAAAGGAUCCACCAAACCCAACUGAUGAUUUAGCUUUUCAAAGAAUAAGACAGAUUGUCAAGUCAAAAUCUCGAAAAAAGGAAGAGUCAUUAGACCAAAAUGCUGAAAGCAGUGGUACAAAUGAGACAGUUGUUGACUUAACACAGGCAACAAAUAAAAGUGAACCGAUGGAGGCAUCACAUGAUAAUCUACAAAAAGAUAAUGAGAGAUUAAAUGGAAUUGUAGAAGAUUUGAACAGACGAGUGCAACAAAGGGAAGCAGAAAACAAGGGUUUAAAUGAGCAAGUUGUUACAUUGAAUAAACGUAGUAUCCAUUUGGAAGAAGAGAAUAAGAAUUUGACAGCAGACAUAGAAAGAAUAAGGGUUGAUUUCACCAGGAUGAAAGAACAGAAUGAGAAAUUAUUAGAGGAAAAGGGGUAUUUAAAAGCUGAAAAAACAGCCCUUGAAAAACACUGCUCAAUGUUGAAGGAAAAAGAAGAGGAAUAUAAAAAACAGCAUACAAAUGAAGAUCUAAAUUUGAAUGGAAAAGAAAGAGAGACCAGGAAAAGGUGCAUAAAAAAGCCACCAAUGAGUGAUUUUAUGUGUGAGCCAGCCAAGAAAAAGGCAUGUUCUUCAAAACAACAUUCUCAGGAAAGCGUUUUACCAUUUCCUUUACCUACCACUAGUAUUGAAACUCCUCCUCCAGUAGAUAAUACUAUUGAGGACAAAAGCAAUGACUGCCAUAUAGUAGAUUGGAAUGGUAAAGUGUUUUUGGCUCUGAAGACGUUGGAAAAGUCUUAUAUUUUUUGUAAGAGACCAAUUGGACACAUGGCUGGAGACCAAUUUAUUUCCAACGAAAAUAAAGACUCCUAUGUUUUGAACAGAAAAGACAUUCAAGGAGACCAAGAAGGUUUUAUAAUAUGCAGUAUUAACUGCAAUGUGAAUGAUAAUAAAAUUUGUUUGUUAAAACCAACAUCAACACUUAAGGAUAUAAUACUAAACUAUAUGAAGGAUGAAGGACCAAAGGAUGAAGGACCAAAGGACGAAGACUCUACUUAAAACAAUUUAAAAAAUGACAUGGCUGAUGAUACAUCCAAAUGAAAUAACUUGUUUUAUUAUAUGACUAAAUUUUCUGUUUUCUAAUUUGCUAAAAAUAUCAGCUUAAAAUUUGUUUGAAUAUAAAUUUUCAAAGGAAACGUCAAUGAUGUAAGUUAAAGACGUCAUGUACGGUCCAUUAUUCUUUUAUGCCCUAUUUGUGGCAUUUUGUUUUUCUGGUCUUUGUGUCUGUAUGUUGAUCCGUCCGUCUGUCCCGUUUCAGGUCAGGUUUUUGUUCCUACAAACUUGAAACUUAGAACACACGUUCCUUUCAUUGUGAUCUUUUUAAUUUCAAUGUCAAAUAAAAGUUUUUAAUCCAUUUUCAAUGUCCCCUGAAUUUAGAAAAUGAUAGUGCGGUUGGGGCAUCCAUGUACUACGGACUCAUUCUUGUUCUCCUUGUUUUCUGUGUAUUUUUUGCUGUUCUUUUUGUUGUAGGUGUAUUUCUCUAUCAACUUUACUGAAUUCUUCAACUUACAAAUGUGUAAAAAAAAUUAACAAUCAGGAGAUAGGUAAUUUGAUUUUAUAACAUGUAUCCAUCAGUGUUUUUGUGAAAACAUCAUUAUCAACUUGGUACAUGUAUUUCUGAUAAGUGCAAUGCACCAAAAAAAAAGUAAAAAAUAUAAAAAAAAACAACUUUAAAAUUAAUUUUGGGAUUGAGAUAAUGUCAUACACUGUUAACUUUUAAAGAUGCUGUUACUGUAAUGUAUCAAAUCUAUUACUUAUUGUAUAAGUAUGCAGAAUGAUUAUGGCCUUAACGAACCAAUUAUACAUUUUUAUCUCCUAUUGUGUUAGCUAAAUAACAGUCAGCAUACACAUGCAAAGACACACGUCGUUGUAAAGCUUUGGUCUCAACAUCUCUAUAUUGGUUAAAAAAUGUCUUUAGUCUAUUAUAAAAUGUGUUUUGAAUAACAACGUUCUAUGAUAUGGGCCUUUUUAAACAAAUGUGGAUUUUCUUGUACAAGCAAUAUUUCUAAAAAAAGUGUAAAUAUUGUUUUCCAAAUUUUCGAUACACAAUUUAGUUUUUGGUGUGUGUAACAAGUUCCAGCAAAUUCAAUAUGAAAUUCAUCUAAAGAAAUUGCUUCCAGUGGGUUUCAAAGGGUCCAAAAAAUCCCAAAUUGCUUGUACGAAACUAAAAAACUAGAUUUUUAUAAAUGGUGGUUUUAAUACCCUGCGAAAUUCUUUUUUUCUUUUUCUGUCAUUAUAAAUAUAUAGGUAUCACUGCAGGUAUGUAUACACAAAUACGGGGAAUUAUUAGAUUUUAUUAGCAUUAUUUUUUUACUUUUCAUUUCGUACUUAAAAAAAUGUCAACUACAUAACACAAAUGCAAUAAUGUUGCCAAUAAACAACUGAUUAUAUCCCUUGUAACUAAGUAAGUGCUCAUUACCUACUCUUCACCCUCUGAUGACUUGCUUUAAGUUACAGUUAUAGAUUAGUUUUGGUGAGUACUAAUUACUCCGUAAUUUUAUUCUAUGUCAACUUUGUAACGGCAAAGUUAUUGAUCAUUUAUCUGGUAUUAUAAGGGUCAAGAAAAACAUUUAAAAAUCACAAAUAGGUCAACUACAUAACGCAUGGAAUCGUUAUGUAGUUGACGAGAAAGCGUUAUGUAGUUGACAAUGUUGAAUUAAACAUGUUAAAUUCACUUUAAAAUAUGUUUCUAUAAAAGUAUUAUUUUAACUGUUUUGAAAAAAAGUGUGAUGAUUUUUAUGGAAAUAUAUAUCAAGAAAAAUGUAAAUAUUAUUAAAAGAAAAUUAGAGACCGAAACUAAAUCCGUUAUGUAGUUGACAUUUGUCCCAUACUUGUUUCUAUUUUAUUUUUUAAAAUAUUUUUUUAGUAGCAUUUGAGAUUGCAUAUUUUUAUUUCAGGUUGUAUU